AUGCCGUCAGAUCUCUUGUGUUGUGAGGUUGUGUCAGGUAACCUUCGGGGAAGGUUAUGCUGGCAGAUCUCUUUUGUGUGUAAGAUUGUGAUGGGUAACCUUCGGGGAAGGUUAUGCCGUCAGAUCUUGUUUAUGCAGCAUGGCUAUGCCGCUAAACCUCGAGUGCAUACUAACAUGGUGGUGCGUAAGGCCCAUAUGUUGAGUAUGACUCCGAUGUGGAAAGAUCACGGACGGCUGAGCCGCCAGAUCUUUCGAGGUUCGUGUGGGUACUCUUCCGAGGCAAGGGAAGCUCUGCCGCAGAACCGAGGGUGUAGUCAAGCGCAUUCUCGCACGUCAGAGCCCAACCGGAUUGGCAGCGUGGAGGCUGUGCAUGAAGGGAGGAAGACUCGGAGGAUAACCUGGUCAGCUGCCUUGGCCGAAGUCGACAAUGAAGAUCAUGAGAGAACGCAUGAGUACAUGCCAGCACCUGAUAGUCAAACCGACGAUCUAGACUAUGACUAUUCAGAGAGAAGGGACUACUCUAUGUCGCCUUACUCGUCCUCCAUUCACACGCAUGGGUCAAGACCUCAAAACUAUCAUCCAUCAAACCCGCAAAGGAAUCUGCAAACCAACCAGCCCAACAGGAUGUUGAGGCAACGCCAGUAG